AUGAAGUAUCUACAACUCUUCUUCUUCAUUGCCGUCGCCUUGGCACAAUGCUCUUCACUUUACGAAUCUUCAAGAAUUGGUAGAUGUGUCAAUACAACUAGUGGUGAAGUUGCUGGUCACCCAUCUGCAAAGAAUCCAUCUGUCUCUGAGUAUCUUGGUAUCCCAUUCGUACAACCUCCUAUCGGGAAUCUACGAUUUGCUCCUCCACAACCAUACACAGGUACUGGAUUUAUUAAUGGCACAAAUUUUGGAUAUACUUGUCCCAAGCUCUUCACAGAUGCUCUCUCACUUAUACCAGUAAAUUUUCCAAAUACACAUGGCAAUUAUACACCUUCCGGUAUUAGUAUCCUAAGUACAUUUGCACAAGCUGGUGAUGAAGCCAGAAAUAACGAAGAUUGUUUGACACUAAACAUCUGGGCUAAACCACAAGUUGGUGAGAGUAAAAAAGCUGUUAUGAUUUGGAUUUAUGGUGGUGCUUUUAGAGAUGGAUCUACUUCAGUACCGAUCUAUGAUGGUUCCACUCUUGUAGCGGAAGAGGAUGUUAUUAUGGUUAGUAUCAACUACCGUGUAAAUAUUUUCGGUUUCUCUGGUGAUGCAACAGGUCCAACCAGUAAUUACGGAAUGCUCGAUCAACGUCUAGCAAUCGAAUGGGUCUAUGACAACAUCGCCAACUUCGGCGGAGAUCCAACCCGUAUCACUCUCUUCGGACAAUCAGGAGGUAGUUGCGCCAUAGACUACUACUCAUACGCCUACCCUCAAAACCCCAUCGCAUCCAGCAUGAUCAUGCAAUCCGGCACAAUUCCAUCUCUCUCCACCCUAACCGCCUCUCAAGCCUUUGAAGCCUGGCGUAACACCUCUACCACUCUCGGUUGUGGAGAUUCCUCUUACGAUCCCAACGCUGUCAUGCAGUGUAUGCGCAACCCCAAUCUCACCACCGCCUCCAUCCUCAAGAUAGCUCAUCUCUACACCUGGCUUCCCUCCAUCGACAACAUCCUCGUAUUUCCCGACUACCCAGCUCGAUCCGCCGCAGGAAACGUCACCACCAUCCCCCUCUUAAUCGGCAACACCGAUAACGAAGCCGAAGUCUUCGCAUCCCAAACCCUCAUGUCCGGUAAACCCAAUCAAAACUGGUCUCUCCUCACCAAUCAAACUUUUGCCUGUCCCGCCGCUGCUCGCGCAAAUAUCAGUGCAUCACUCGGUGCCAAAACAUGGCGAUAUCGAUAUUUUGGUAAUUUUCCAAAUCUACAAAUUCAAAUUGGAGUUGAUGCUGGCGCUUUCCAUAUUGCGGAUGUGUAUAGUAUUUUUGCGAGUUGGCCUACCGGACCAGGGAUCCCAGCUGCAACUCCCGAGGAAAUUGAAUUGGGAAGGUAUAUGAGAGGGGCUUGGGCUACUUUUGCAAAGGAUAGUCAGAAGGGUUUGUUGACUUAUCAAGGGUUGGAUUGCGCGGUUGAGAAUGAUGAUGAGGUGAUUUUGCAUUGUGGUUGGCCAAAUUAUAUACCUGGCAUGAAAACACUUGCUAGAUUAGGUUAUGAAAAUCAAAUUGUCACUAAUCUUGAUUGGUCGGCGGUUUAUGAUGGUACUUGUUAG